AUGACAAGCAUCGAAACCGAGGAGGAGGCGGUGAAGCUAGCUGAUGAGGUAAGAUGGAUCCAUGCGCAAGGAGGUUUCGAGAUCCGAAACUGGCUUUCAAACUCCAGUUAUGUCGUUAAAAGUCUGCAUGAGGAGCCAAUCGUGGAGAAGAACCUGAGUGUCGGUCCGGAGAUGUCAACAGAAAAGGUCCUCGGGAUGUGGUGGGACACUACAACUGACACCUUCGCAUUCAAGUUGUCACCGAAACACGACGCGGAGCUGCUAUCUGGUGCCAGGAUACCUACGAAACGGGAAGUCCUUAGAACCCUGAUGACAAUGAGAUUUGGCGCUCCGUAUCUGAUGUGGGACGACGAGAUCAACGCACGACUAAGCGAAAAGUGGCUGACGUGGAUCGAAACUCUGUCGAAUGUCCGACAGGUCAGGAUUCCUCGUUGCUACCGUACUACGACAUCCGCUGAAUCCAGUAACAGCAUCGAACUCCACAUCUUCUGUGAUGCCAGCGAGAAUGGAAUGGCUGCCGUAGGAUAUUUCAGAUUCGAGGAAGAAGGGAAGGUGGAGUGUGCUCUGAUCGGAUCGAAAACUCGUGUGGCGCCGUUGAAAUUUCUCUCGAUUCCUCGCCUCGAGCUGCAAGCCGCAGUAGUUGGAGCACGUCUCGCCGGCAGCAUUGUGAGUUCGCAUAGAAUCCGGAUCACACGACGCAUUUUCUGGACCGAUUCCCGCGAUGUAGUGUGCUGGCUACGGUCUGAUCAUCGGCGCUAUAGCCAAUUUGUGGCCUUCAGGAUCAGCGAACUGCUCGAUACGACGGAAGUGGGAGAGUGGAGAUGGCUGCCGACUAAGCAGAACGUAGCGGACGAAGGAACUAAGUGGCAAAGGUUGCCGGACUUUCAGCCGGAAAGUCGUCGGUUUCGAGGACCAGACUUCCUACAAGAACCCGAAAAUUCGUGGCCUGGCGAUGCUGGAGAUCAAGAAACGACUAUGGAAGAGAUCCGUGCCAGCGUUCUACACCACCAAGGAACCAAACCACUGAUCAUUUCAUUCGAACGUUUUUCGAAAUGGAAACGACUUUUGCGGUCCAAAACCACCCUAGUAAGAGGCGCUCUGACGCAGGAGGAGUUGAAGCUGGCUGAGAACACGAUCUACCGAUGUGUUCAGCAGCAGGCUUUCCCGGACAAAGUUCGAUUGAUUCGCAGCCGAGUAAAAGAAGAUUCACCUUGGGAACGUACUCUACCGAAAUCCAGUGCGCUAUACAACCUGAAUCCAGUCAUCGAUGAGCACGGUGUUCUACGAAUGCGGGGACGUAUCGGUACCUGUGAAUGGGCAGAUGAGGCUACAAAAGAUCCCGUUAUACUCCCGAGGCAUCAUCAUGUUACCAACCUGUUGAUUGCUGAUUAG